UGAAUGGCAAAGACACCUCUUCAGCCAGCUUGUUCUGGAUGAAUGAAUGAUCACAGCAAGUGUCUUCCACACUUCCUCUCUGGGAUCAUUUCAUGGACUCACUGUCCAUGUGUGUUAAAUGUGCUGCCUCCCUCCCAAGACCAUGUAAAGCCUACUGACCGUUCGGCUCCUCAGAGCGAGAACCAGACUGCAGGUUAAAAUGGGGAACUCCGAGAGUCAGUACACCCUUCAAGGAUCUAAAAACCAUAGCAAUACUAUUACCGGUGCUAAGCAAAAGCCUUGCUCCCUGAAAAUACGUGGCAUUCAUGCAAAAGACGAGAAGUCGUUGCAUGGGUGGAGUCACGGCAGCAGCGGGGCAGGUUACAAGUCCAGGUCCCUGGCCCGAAGCUGCCUUUCUCACUUUAAGAGUAACCAGCCUUACGCGUCGAGGCCCGGUGGGCCCACGUGCAAAGUCUCCAAAGGCGUUGCUCACUCUAAGCACAGGACAAACGCCCCAGGAAAGGAUUUCCAGGGCAACAAUGCUGCUUUCUCUCCCGAGAAUGGCUUCCCCUUUGUUGGCCACCAGCCCGCAGCUCACCACGUCACCUCCAGAGACUGCAACGGCCACCUUCUCAACUGCUAUGGGAGAAACGAGAGCGUCGCCUCCACGCCGCCCGGCGAGGACCGCAGGAGCCCCCGGGUGCUCAUCCGGACGCUGGGGAAGCUGGACGGGUGUUUGAGGGUCGAGUUUCACAACGGUGACAGCCACGGCAAAGUGCCUGCGGAGGCCUCUGGUGGGCCGGUGCAGCUGCUGCGCUACUCGCCCACGGAGCCCGCAGCCAGGAGGGCUUCUGGCGCCGAUUCCCCGCCCAGCCGCCGGCCCUCGCCCACGGACUCUCGCCCGCGCUCCAGCAAAGGCAGCUCCCUGAGCUCCGAGUCCUCCUGGUACGACUCCCCGUGGGGCAACGCCGGGGAGCUGAGCGAGGUGGAGGGCUCCUUCCUGGCCCCCGGCAUGCCUGACCCCGGCCUCCACGCCAGCUUUCCCCCCGGUGACGCCAAAAAGCCUUUCAACCAAAGCUCUUCCCUGUCCUCCCUCCGGGAACUGUACAAAGACGCCAACCUGGGGCGCCUGUCCCCCGCGGGCAGCCGCCUGUCUGAUGAGUACGUGGGCGCGCACGCCAGCCUCAGCACCCGCGUCUCCUUUGCCUCGGACAUCGACGUGCCCUCCCGAGUGGCGCACAGGGACCCCGCCCAGUACAGCUCCUUCACCCUCCCCUGUCGCAAGCCCAAAGCCUUAACCGAGGAUAGUGCCAAGAAGGACACCCUCAAAGCCAGGAUGCGACGGAUCAGCGACUGGACCGGCAGCCUCUCUAGGAAGAAGAGGAAACUGCAGGAGCCGAGGUCCAAGGAGGGCAGUGACUACUUUGACAGCCGCUCCAGUGGACUGAAUACGGAUGUGCAGGUGCCCUCCCAGGCAUCUGCUUUGCUGUGGUCAGGGGGCUCGGCUCAGAUCCUGUCUCAGAGAAGUGAAUCCACUCAUGCGAUUGGCAGCGAUCCCCUCCGACAGAACAUUUACGAGAAUUUCAUGCGAGAGUUGGAGAUGAGCAGGACUAACACGGAGAACAUAGAGACGUCUACAGACACCGCGGAGUCCAGCAGCGAGUCGCUGAGCUCGCUGGAGCAACUGGACCUGCUCUUUGAGAAGGAACAGGGAGUGGUCCGGAAAGCCGGGUGGCUCUUCUUCAAACCCCUCGUCACUUUGCAGAAGGAAAGGAAGCUGGAACUGGUGGCUCGAAGGAAGUGGAAACAGUACUGGGUGACACUUAAAGGAUGCACCCUGCUGUUUUAUGAGACCUACGGGAAGAAUUCCAUGGAUCAGAGCAGUGCCCCUCGGUGCGCUCUGUUUGCGGAAGACAGCAUCGUGCAGUCCGUCCCGGAGCAUCCCAAGAAGGAAAACGUGUUCUGCCUGAGCAAUUCCUUUGGAGAUGUCUACCUUUUCCAGGCCACUAGCCAGACAGAUUUGGAAAAUUGGGUCACCGCCAUACAUUCUGCCUGCGCAUCCCUUUUUGCAAAGAAGCACGGGAAGGAGGACACGGUGCGGCUCCUGAAAAACCAGACCAAAAACCUCCUUCAGAAGAUAGACAUGGACAGCAAGAUGAAGAAGAUGGCGGAGCUGCAGCUGUCAGUGGUGAGCGACCCGAAGAACAGGAAAGCCAUAGAAAACCAGAUCCAGCAAUGGGAGCAGAACCUGGAGAAGUUUCACAUGGAUCUGUUCCGGAUGCGCUGCUACCUGGCCAGCCUGCAAGGCGGGGAGCUGCCCAACCCCAAGAGCCUGCUCGCUGCCGCCAGCCGGCCCUCCAAGCUGGCUCUCGGCAGGUUGGGUGUCUUGUCUGUUUCUUCCUUCCACGCUCUGGUAUGUUCUAGAGAUGACUCUGCUCUCCGGAAAAGAACACUGUCACUGACUCAGCGAGGGAGAAACAAGAAGGGCAUAUUUUCUUCAUUAAAAGGGCUGGAUACUCUGGCCAGAAAGGGGAAGGAGAAGAGACCCUCUAUAACUCAGGUUGAUGAACUUCUGCAUAUAUAUGGUUCGACAGUAGAUGGUGCUCCGCGAGACAACGCGUGGGAAAGCCAGGCAUAUAUUCACUUUCAGGAUAAUCAGGGAGUUACGGUUACGAUCAAGCCAGAACACAGAGUGGAAGAUAUUCUGACUUUGGCGUGCAAGAUGAGGCAGUUGGAACCCAGCCACUAUGGCCUACAACUUCGGAAAUUAGUAGAUGACAACAUCGAAUGCUGUGUCCCUGCACUGUAUGAGUAUAUGCAAGAACAGGUUUAUGAUGAAAUAGAAGUCUUUCCACUCAAUGUUUAUGACGUACAGCUCACAAAAACUGGGAGCGUGUCUGACUUUGGGUUUGCAGUUACGGCGCAGGUGGACGAACAUCAGCAUCUCAGCCGGAUAUUUAUAAGCGACGUUCUCCCUGACGGCUUGGCAUAUGGGGAAGGUCUGAGAAAGGGCAAUGAAAUCAUGACCUUAAACGGGGAAGCUGUAUCUGAUCUUGACCUUAAGCAGAUGGAGGCCCUGUUCUCUGAGAAGAGCGUUGGACUCACUCUCAUUGCCCGGCCUCCGGACACAAAAGCAACCCUGUGUACUUCCUGGUCAGACAGUGACCUGUUCUCCAGGGACCAGAAGAGUCUGCUGCCGCCUCCUAAUCAGUCGCAACUUCUGGAGGAAUUCCUGGAUAACUUUAAAAAGAACACAGCAAAUGAUUUCAGCAACGUCCCUGACAUCACAACAGGUCUGAAAAGGAGUCAGACAGAUGGGACCCUGGAUCAGGUUUCCCGCAGGGAGAAAAUGGAGCAGACGUUCAGGAGUGCUGAGCAGAUUGCUGCACUGUGUAGGAGUUUUAACGACACUGAGGCCAACGGCAUGGAAGGACCCAGGGAGGGUCAGGACCCAGCUCCGAGGCCUCUGGCCCGCCACCUCUCCGAUGCAGACCGCCUCCGAAAAGUCAUCCAGGAGCUUGUGGACACGGAGAAGUCCUAUGUGAAGGACCUGAGCUGCCUCUUUGAAUUGUACUUGGAGCCACUUCAGAGUGAGACCUUUCUUACCCAAGAUGAGAUGGAGUCACUUUUUGGAAGUUUGCCUGAGAUGCUUGAGUUUCAAAAGGUGUUUCUGGAGACUCUGGAGGAUGGGAUUUCAGCAUCAUCUGACUUUAACAUACUGGAAACUCCCUCGCAGUUUAGAAAAUUACUGUUUUCCCUUGGAGGCUCUUUCCUUUAUUAUGCGGACCACUUUAAACUGUACAGUGGAUUCUGUGCUAAUCAUAUUAAAGUACAGAAGGUUCUAGAGCGAGCUAAAACCGAUAAAGCCUUCAAGGCUUUUCUGGAUGCCCGGAACCCCACCAAGCAGCACUCCUCCACGCUGGAGUCCUACCUCAUCAAGCCAGUUCAGAGAGUGCUCAAGUAUCCUCUGCUGCUCAAGGAGCUCGUGUCCCUGACGGACCACGAGAGUGAGGAACACUAUCACCUGACAGAAGCACUAAAGGCAAUGGAAAAAGUAGCAAGCCACAUCAAUGACAUGCAGAAGAUCUAUGAGGACUAUGGGACCGUGUUCGACCAGCUAGUAGCAGAGCAGAGCGGGACGGAGAAGGAGGUAACAGAACUUUCAAUGGGGGAACUUCUGAUGCACUCUACGGUUUCCUGGCUGAAUCCAUUUCUGUCUCUAGGAAAAACCAGAAAGGACCUUGAGCUCACAGUAUUCGUUUUUAAGAGAGCUGUCAUACUGGUUUAUAAAGAAAACUGCAAACUGAAAAAGAAAUUGCCCUCGAAUUCCCGGCCUGCACACAGCUCUGCCGACCUGGACCCAUUUAAAUUCCGCUGGUUGAUCCCAAUCUCCGCACUUCAAGUCAGACUGGGGAAUACAGCAGGGACAGAAAAUAAUUCCAUAUGGGAGCUAAUCCAUACAAAGUCAGAAAUAGAAGGACGGCCAGAAACCAUCUUUCAAUUGUGUUGCAGUGACAGUGAAAGCAAAACCAACAUUGUUAAGGUGAUUCGUUCUAUUCUGAGGGAGAACUUUAGGCGUCACAUAAAGUGUGAAUUACCACUGGAGAAAACAUGUAAGGAUCGCCUGGUGCCUCUUAAGAACCGAGUUCCUGUUUCAGCCAAAUUAGCUUCCUCCAGGUCUUUGAAAGUCCUCAAGAAUUCCUCCAGCAGUGAAUGGACCAGCGAGACCGGCAAGGGCAACUCACUGGACUCAGAUGAGUGCAGCUUGAGCAGCAGCACCCAGAGCAGCGGCUGCCACACGGCCGAGAGCAGGCAGGACUCCAAGAGUGCGUCUCCUGGGAAAUACCCUCACUCCGGCUUGGCAGAUUUUGUGGACAAUCUCAUCAAAGAGAGUGAUAUUCUGAGCGAUGAAGAUGAUGACUACCAUCAGACUCUGAAACGGGGCAGCCCUACCAAAGACAUCGAAAUUCAGUUCCAGAGGCUGAGAAUCUCUGAGGACCCCGACGCUCAACAGCCAGCAGAACUCCAGCCUGGCACGGAGGUGGGUGAGGGUCAGAAAGGAGGGAAGCAGCCCAGACUGGUCCGGGGGCACUUCUGCCCCAUUAAACGAAAAGCAAACAGCACCAAGAGGGACAGAGGAACUCUGCUCAAGACACAGAUUCGUCACCAGUCCCUUGACAGUCAUUCUGAAAAUGUCAACAUGGACCUAAAUUCUGUUCUAGAGCGAGAAUUCAGUGUCCAGAGUUUAACAUCGGUUGUCAAUGAGGAUUGUUUUUAUGAAACAGAGAGCCAUGGAAAAUCAUAGUGCAGUUCAAUCCAGAUAUGGGUUAAACUGCUCAUUUUACUUUUAAACUGGUGGAAAAGUGGAAAUUGCAGAAAAACUAUUCAUCAUUAUUGGGUUUUGUGCAGUAUACAUUUUCCCACAAAAUAGUUGUAAAGAUUUAAGUUAUUUUAAUUUAUUGUGGAUCAGAAAACUAGACAAAACUGGUCAGAAUCUGUACAUUAGUUAUAUCCCUUUUGAGCAGGUAUCAAAAUGAUUUAGAAUCAUUAAAAUAAAAUUACAUUCUAAUUAUUUUAAGUUAUGUGGAAAAAGUAAGGCUGGGGAAGUUGUGAUUAAUAACUUUUAAAAAGGUCAUUUUUUUCAAUUCUCUGGGCAUUUUCUUUAAGCUGUUACUUUUUACUUUAUUUAAAGCAUAUUUAAGUUAUUUUAAUGUGGUUUAAAGGCAAGAUGUGCAGAUACUUCAUUUUUGUAAGGUUGUAAUAGUGCUGUUUAUACAAAACAUGUCAUAUCUAUGCAGUAUAUAUAUUAAAAGAAAGCUUGUACUGUACCUUAUUUGAUGAUAUUUAUUUUCUCUACCAAGCUGUACAGUAAAAGGAAAAUAAGUCA